UAAAAUGUUUGUGCAGUCGAUUAAAUGUGGAUUGUUUCGGAAAUGUGGAGUACUCUUGACGCACAAGAAUGGAACAGCUGAUCAGCUAGCGCCCGUUGUUCUACAACGACUUCUGUUCGAUAAAACAUAUCAUGUAAGCAGUGGACGACUUGGUGCAGUUAAACUGACACACAAUCAGAAACCAGACUGGAACAAAGCUGUCUCCGAAGCAGAAAAAAUAGUUGGAUACCCUACCUCAUUUCUCAGUUUACGGUGGCUUUUAAGCGACGAAAUUGCUAACGUUGCUCUCCACCUCAGGAAAUUAGUGGGUUCAAACCACCCUCUGCUGAAAACUGCUAAGGGUUUGUUAUACAAUGGUCGCAAUAACAUGCAAGCCUGGGGACUAAUUGUACUGCUAAUUUCCAAAGCUGCAGGGCAUUUGAAUGUGGAAGAAAUGGAGGAAGAUAAAGCAGCAGGAGUUCUACACAGUCAGCGAGCCUUAGCAGAAGUUACAGAAAUGAUCCGCACAAGUCACCUGGUCCAUAAAGGCAUGGUUAAUAUAUAUCCUGGCCUUUACCCUGAAGCUGCUGAUCUGGGUGAUAUGACUUUUGGCAACAAGAUUGCUUUGCUAAGUGGUGAUUACUUGCUGGCUAACUCUUGUAUGGAGCUGGCAUCUCUGCGCAAUCAAGAUCUGGUUGAGUUGAUGAGCAGUGCUGUGAGAGAUUUAGCUGAAGCUGAAUUUGUGGGAAGGCGAGACAAGCAGAACAAUCCAUUACCUUGGCCUCCAGGUACUCCAGGUUAUCGUGAUGCUGAAGAAGACUGGACAAUACGUAAUGUGCUUUCUGCUGGUAGCUUGCUUGGCAAAUCAUGUCAAGGAACACUCAAACUUGCAGGACAUGGACCGCAACUGCAGCAACAAGGGUACCUCUUUGGCAAACACCUUGCACUUGCUUGGCAGGCAUGCCUUGAUCUUGAACCUUUUGCAUCACAUUAUACACCAGAUUCGCCCUUUAACUUGACAUCAGCACCUAUAUUGUUUCAUUUAGAACAUGAUGCGACACUUUACAAGGAAAUAGAGAAAGGGCAUGAAUCGGUGCUGAAUGUCGAUUACACCAAGGUACACAGCAUUGUCCAAAAAGGCCCUGGAAUCAAACGUACAAAACAACUUCAAAAAAAGCACUCCCAGAAAGCAAUGGAAGUUCUAAAAGUGUUUGAUGAAAGUGAUGCUCGUACUGCACUGUCAAACAUUAUAGUUGCUAUGGGUGAACUGUAAGUGUAUGUACUGUGGAAAAAAAGUAAAUCAGUAGAAAAAUCAGGAUGGAGACUCCUGGAGGAGUACUUCUUCAUGGAGCCUUGCAGUUUGUGAUUUUUUUCAAAUGUGUUAGGCACCCCUACAUGUUUAUGAUCUAUCCUCAUGCAAAUAAGGCAAAAAACCUGAUAUAUGAAAUAUGUAAGACACAAAUAAUAAUAGAUGAGAUUUUAACAUCCAUUAUUUCAAUUUAAAGUGAAAA